GCCAAAAAGUUUAUAAUUUCAACACCAACCAUCACUGAACUCUUCAACACUACCAAUUGCGAAAUCGACAGGCGCAAUACCCGUUGUUGUUUUGAUUCAUUCCACAGAACACACAUCUUCGUUGAAACAUAAUUCCUAAUUACUUAACUGACCAACAGCAAUCAUGAUUCGCAAACAAGCUCGGCAACGCCGCGACUACCUCUAUAGAAGAGCCCUUUUAUUACGCGACUCCGAAAUCAGCGAGAAGAGAGCGAAGCUAAGAGCAUCCUUAGCAACUGGUCGACCUUUGGACCCAUCCAUCGCAAAUGACAAGGAAUUAAGAAAGGAUUACCAAUUCGACGAGUCUCGGCCAGAGAGAAGUACAAAUGAGGAACUAGAUCUUGAUGACGAAUACUCCCAACUUUCCGGAAUAGUUGACCCUCGAGUUCUUGUUACCACUUCGAGAGACCCAUCUGCCCGCUUAUCCGCAUUCGCAAAAGAAAUCCGCUUGCUGCUCCCCACUGCCAUACGGUUAAAUCGUGGCAAUUUGAUCCUACCAGAUCUCGUUCGAUCGGCUCAGUCUAGUGGUCUGAGCGACUUGGUUCUUCUCCAUGAGCAUCGUGGUGUACCAACAGCCUUGACAUUAUCCCAUUUUCCUCAUGGCCCGACAAUAUCAUUUUCUUUGCACAAUGUCGUAUUACGCCACGAUAUCCCUAACAGCAUCAGAGGUACUGUGAGCGAGUCGUAUCCGCAUCUGAUAUUUGAUGGUUUUACGUCUCGCCUUGGCGCGAGAGUUGUCAAAAUAUUGAAGCAUAUAUUCCCUCCAAGGGAACCUUUGACGAGCAAAGACAAGCUUGGAAGCCGAGUGGUCACUUUCAAGAACAUUGAAGAUUCGAUAGAAGUGCGCCAUCACGUUUUUGUGAGAACCGGGUAUGACAGUGUAGAACUGUCCGAAGUCGGCCCUCGAAUGACUAUGAAGGUAUUCGAGAUCCGCAGCGGCACUUUGGAGAACAAAGACGGAGACGUCGAGUGGCACUUGAACCAGUACACGAGAACUAGCCGAAAGAAGGAUUAUCUAUGAAAACAAAUUAUAUUAAUUUUUCGAGGAAGCCAAU